AUGGAGACGCUGGAGGAGCUGGACUGGUGUCUGGACCAGCUGGAGACCCUGCAGACCCGUCACUCAGUCAGCGAAAUGGCUUCCAACAAGGUGAGCUGCGUUUUAACUGAGCCUCAUCUACAGUAAAAACCUGGGAAUGAUUGCUUGAAGCAUAGCGAAGGUGUAGGCCUGGUUAAUGAAACAUCCAAAAUCUCAUCUCCAUCUAUAUACUGAAAUGAGAACUAUUUGGGGCAUUUGUGUGCAAAAGGACAUAGAUCUGAAAAGCGUGGAUAUCACGCCAUGUUAAGCUAUUACUGUUGCUCCGCCUCUCCCACCCCCCGUCCAAUGUAUGACGCUACGAUUGGCUGUGGCUGAGACUGCAGCCACGCAUCACUUGAAGACCAUGUGCACGGUACACAUACUACCUUUGUUUGUUUGGGCUCGGCAGAGAGUCAAAGGGCUUUAGAUCUACUGUCUCCAGAGACCUGCUGCGGGCUGCAGCCGGGGGAGCCCACAGCACCUCUCAUCAGCAUCACAUGUCUAAUGUUUCGGAUUUACAAAGUGAAGCUAUACUUAACCUGCAUAUUAGAUUGGGGAAUUGAGUUCCUUGUGUAGCCUACGCCGUUGUCCUCAAUGCAUCAAGACAGUGGUUGAUUGAUGUGAUAUGGUGCUUUUGUUCACUAUGCCAUCUCAUAGUCAUAGUGGCAUUACACAGCAGGUGCCAUAGCUUUUGGAAAGGGCACAGUAUAACAGCUGUAUUUCCAUAGUCAAGGGAAUGUUAUUUCCCACAGGUCACAUCCUCGUAUUUGGACCCUCCAACAAGUAGCUCAGUUCUUGUUGCAUUGUAGUAUUUACAUUUUUACAGAUGCAGGAAAUUGAACUGCUGCUGCGUUCCCCCUGUGCAUAAUAUUUGUGCAUACAGAGAGCAUUUAUUUAUUUACAUGUGAGCCCUGGCCACGAAACCAGUAUAGUUAGUUCCACAGGAGACAUAACACAACAUAAAACAGAACUAUGAAUGGAAGUUAAAACAGUGUAAAGUGCAUAACACAGCUUAAAGGAGCAGGUUUAAAAACCUGAGCAAUCUGAGGUCAGCAGCCCUCCAAUUUGGGAUUUAAAAUCAUCAAUCAGAAUAAAAUGAUCCGAGAUCAUCGGCCAGCAAAGCUAAAAGCACUCUUACCACCAAACUCAGUUCUUGUGUAUUGGACUGAUACACAAUCCCUCCUCCCAUUCAGACACCAACGCACACCAGCACAUGAAUGGAACCCAUCCCUCCCAUUGAACCAUGCGUAUCAGUUCACAUCCCUUCUUUCCACGCCGCUCCUCCUGUAUCUCUCUCUCUCUCUCGUCUCAUCCUCCGCUCUCUCUCUAUCUCUCUCCUCUCUCUCUCUCUCUCGCUCGCUCUCGCUCUUCUUUCUCUGCUCUGUCUCUCUCUCUCUCCUCUGUCUCUCUCUCUCUCUCUCUCUCUCUCCUCUCUCUCUCUCUCCUCCUUCUCUCUCUCUCUCUCUCUCUCUCUCUCUCUCUCUCUCUCUCUCUCUCUCUCUCUCUCUCUCUCUCUCAUUUAUUUAUUUAUAUAUACACACACAACCAAUCAGAUCCCUCAUAUCCACCCAGCCUCUGUAGCCAAUUGGCUGUAGGGCAUCCCACACGUAGGCAGUUGAAGGGGAGACACAUACAGGGAAGAAGAGACUAGGCAGCAGUCAGCCAUGUGCUCUGGUGCCCUGCUCCUAGCUGGACUGUCUGUCUGGCCCCUUAACCUCCACCGGCCAUCCUCUUUGUCCCACUUACUAAGCUCAGAGCUACGGGGAAACCUCGUCUUCGGCUGACUGCCGAUCUCUUCCCCCUCGUUCAAUCUGGGACGUAAGGACUGUCAGUUUGUGACUAAACUCAUUGGAUAGACCUGUAGAAUCUGCUACUGGAUUUGAUUCACCAAAGUUGGUUUCUCCUGCUCGCUCGUCUUUGUUUUUGACAUUCAACAUGUGUCCACUGGAAUGCCCUAUGUCACUUUGUUUUCUAUGUCCUGGACACAUACAGGUGAGUGCACAGGAAUGUGUGUGUCAGGGUGUCAUUUUCUGUUAUUGCAGUGCAAACUUCUUAACUGCAUGAUGGUAAGUGUGCUUUGGUGUACUGUAGGACACAGUAUGUAUUUGGAUGUCUGUGUUUUUGCAUAUUAUGUCAGUGAGAUGGUAUAAAACUGCGUAUUAUUUAGUCUACACAUGCCUGUGUGUGUGUUUACACACAUGCCUGUUCCAUUGUGUGUAUGUGCGUGAGUGUGUUUGUGUCUACAAAUCCCUGUGAGUACACUACCCGUUCCUUCCUGUAUGUCUCAUUGUGUGUGUGUUUGUGUGUGUACAUGCAAUGUCUCCUUUAAGACCGUAUACGGUGGUUUGUAUGGCUGGCGUGGUGCACUCCCUCUCCCCUAUCCACGUGUGUGAUUACAUAGCCUCUGCCGAGUCCCCAUCAACAGGGGAAAUGGAAAGAGAGCCUGGGAUGCGACUUUCGCUUUUGGACGUUAACAAGGCGACACUCCAUCUUAACCCCUCCUCCACAUUUACUGGAUUGGUUGAACAGUGCAGAAGAGAACCUCCCCCUACAGUUUUUUUUCUUCUGGUCAAGACCAGUGUGUAGGGGAUUUAGUUUCAGGCGAUUAUUUUAGGCCUGCUACGUUAGGUUAGUGAUUACAUAAUGGUCUGAGCCCAGCUGAAGACACUGUUCCCCUCCUUGUGCCCUCCAAUGUGAUGCACUGAAUAGAAUAGGGUAUGAGGUUGUGUCAUGAUAGAAGUGUAUGAUUGUUUUGUUUUAAAAACAUAUUUUCUUAAUUCAUUUUCUGGUCUUAUUGAUAUAAUUGACUACUAUUACUCUAUUGAUAUCCCAUUUUACACUUGUCUUCUUCUAUAUCCUGACAUGUUAUUCAGUAUGAGGGGAUCAAGGAAAUCACUACUGUCAUAUUAUUUACUUGUUAGUUACUCCUGACACUUGAGUGUGGUGUAAAAAAUCACACCAAACAGAAUGUAAAAAUCUAGUUUAUUGCUAUUUUGAACUCUCGUUUUGUUAAUUUAUAAAAAAAAUAUAGUAUGAGAGGAACUUUACUGCUGGUACACUUGUUCUACUGAGGCAUGUUCUACUUUCCAUACUGUAUAUCCAUGUAUGAAGUCGUGUCACUGAGGCUUGUCAUUGUGUCUGAUCUUGUUCCCCAGUUCAAAAGGAUGCUGAACAGAGAGCUCACCCAGUUGUCAGAAACCAGUCGGUCAGGAAACCAAGUCUCAGAGUUCAUCGCCAACACUUUCCUAGGUGAGUGACAACAGCACUCUAAGUAUGGCCCCUGAACUGGCAUUGCAAUGGCUAGGAAAGGUAUUCAUUUAGACCCUACUGUCAAAUAAUAAUUGAUGUAAAGCAUUCAUCCUGCUCAAAAGUUGGUACAUAAAUACAAUAUUUCUUAGCUUUAUAAGGCAUUAUACAGCUCUAUAAAUGUAGUCAUAGAUGUUUAUGUUUUUGCAUUAUUAUGCAUAGCUCAUAAGGCAUUAUAAAUGUGCUUAUAAUGCAUUAUGAAUUACCAAAUACUUACACAAUUAUUACAGCAUGUUUUGUAUAUAAUGUGUUGUAGUACUGAACAGGCCAACAUAUUUAGUGUGAACAUACUGCAUGUUGUCAUGCAAUCUAUGUGGUUGGAUAGUGGAGUAUACAAAUAUGCAUAUUUAGAUCUCAACUUGGCAUUUGUCAUGCAUGUCUGCUAGCCUAUUAGCCAGCAUGUUAGGGGAAAGAGAAGGGAUCCAAAGGAAGCAGGCGACAAGGCAUUCCUGGACACGUUGUCUGGCGUUGCCAUGGAGACCGUCAUAUUAUUAGACUGCCUUUUUGCGUCAAUACCCCAGUCUUUAACGGAUAUUGUGGCAGAAUGGAGCUUCACCAAAAUGCUUGCAGACGGAGAGAAGAUGGAUCCUGCAAAUAUAUGUCCAUUUGACAUAAUUUGGUUUGUUUUGAAGUUGGCUUGGAUCGGAAAGGAGAACUAUGGCUUUGGGUGAAAGGAAGAGGAAAUAUUGUGAGAUUGGUGAGACCGCUUCUCUUGGUGUGGUGGGGUAGGGUGGCAGAUUGUAUGUCCUCGUAAUGAUAUGUGGGAUUGUUUUUUAGGAUCUUGGAUUCUGAUCUGUCUUCUCAUAUUUGGCACUGUCUGACUACCAGGAGUCAUUAUUGGUUGAGAGAUGACAUUUGCUGGAGAGUUAUCAGUUGAAGAAGUAUUCCUAGUACUAGUCUAAUUGAUUUCUCACCUGAUUUGUGGUGGAAAUAUCUUAGAUUAGCUAUAGUUAGUAAGAUUAACAAUCAACUAUUAAUUUUCUGCCGUUUUCAGUGUCCUCCUAUACAGUGGCGAUUUUAGCAUGUCAAUCUUGGGGCAAAAUCUUGGUGCCAGCAAAGCCACAACACUAAACAAUACAUCAAUUACACUAUAACGGUGACAAACAUAGCUGAUAUGGCUGACUUCCUUAAACAAGUGUGAUUUCUACUGACAAUUGAGAUGUACAAACUAUGGCAUAAGGGAACGACGAGCGGAUAAGAGGCAAUCCGUAAUUUCGAUUAAGACAUUAAUGAGCUAGUACGGACAUAGUCAAUAUAACUAUUUGUUCAGCACUUUUGAAAUGUACAGCGACAGAAUUCAGAACAUGGGCCGUUCUUACAGUAUUCUCCCUGUACACCAAGUCAGAACCGUAGGAUAAAUAAAGGGGGCAUAUAAGCAGACAAUGAAAGCUCUUACAAUAUUCGAUGACAUUUCUCUAAAACAGGCUAUAGGCUACAUGUGCACCACCAAGUCAGAACAGUAGGCUAAGUUAUGAGGGGGAAAGGGACCAAAUUAUUAUUACAUGGGCUACUAACAGCUUACUACACAACAUACACUUAGUAUUGCUUUCUUAGCUACAGUAUACAUAGCUCCCUGGCAUAUAACAUAAUUUAUGCAACAGCAUACAAUACAUUUUUGGACUCACCUUGUUGUGCUGUGCUCACUUGAACAGGACGGUGGCGCGGCGGUCCUUCUUGUGGGCAAAUUUUGUCAUCAAAGUCUGGCAUUCUCUGGAUUUACGGUGCUUUCAAGACAACUCGGAACUCUGAAAGAAACAAAGUCGAAUCAUGACAUCAGUGAUCUUCAGGUCGAAGCUCUAGAAAGAGGCCCGAGUUCGCUACUUGGAAUUCCGAGUUGGAUGACCGUUAAAAACGUAUUUUCUCAGUUGGAGCUCGUUUUUUUCUGAGUUCCCAGUUGUCUUGAAUUCACUGAUGUCUGAGGUUUCCCAGUUCUGAGUUUCCAGUUGUUUUGAACACGGCAGAAGUCAUGCUGGAUCGACAGCAUGGCCAGUGUAUUCAAAAUUUUCUGGCCCAUGGUGUUGCAUGUGAAUGUUGAUCCUUUUAAGCUUGGAAAAGAGAACCUUAAACCCAGACUUGGAUCACACACCCUCUCCACUGAAUAGCAGGCUAGUGAUUGCUUUGCAACGCUUGCAGUUAGCCACUGAUUCCUUCCAAACCACUCAUUGUUGAAUUUGCGAUUUCCAACUUGUUGUGUAAUGUUUAUGUCCAAUGGCUGAUGAGCACCGAUACGUUUUAGCUAUAAUUCCUCUUCAUAUGACAAGGAUUGAAAAGGAUUUGCCAGUAGAUUGUCAACUUGAUUCAUGAUGAUGACUGCUUGUCUAGAUUGCUAACUAAGAUUUUGAAAGUAUGAUGUUGACAUGAUCAGUCUAAUCAAAACUACGGUAGAUAUAACAUUAUUUGAUGUAAUUUUAUCUGUGGCCAAUGACCUUGAGCCUUCUUGGAUGGGCACUUCUAAUGUAAAUCUAUGGCAACACCCAAUGGGCUUGAAUUUUCUAGCGCUCCCCGUGGAUUUUGCGGUGACAGUGUCCCCAUGAGUGACACAACACUGAGCUAAUCACGGCGCAACCAGAGAACAUUACCAAACCCUACGCUCUGUAUUUUCUGCUGGCUGCCCCACCCCCACAGAAAGCACUGAGCUAGGCUGAAUCACCUGCAUUUUGGAGCUGCCUUACUCAAGAAAGCAAAAAAGAGACCAUGUUUGUAUGUGGCUUUAUUAACUCAAUUAUUAUUAUUUCUUUUACAUUGUUUGCAAACUGAUAUGUGACACGUAUUACUGUAUUUUUUUCUUUUAGCUAAACAGGUGGGGCUCAAAACAUGAAUGACGUGUUGCCACUGCUCCUAUAUAUUGGUUGAAAUAAAAUAAAUAAUCGACCUGCCUUACUGGUUGGGUGGCUGGCAAAUAGUCAGGGCUCCCCUCCUAACACCAAUACAGCCAUAGUCCAAUGGGCAUAUAUUAUUUUCUCUCUUCUCUCUCUCUCUUCUGUCUCUCUCUCUCUCUCUUCUGUCUCCUCUCUUCUCUUCUCGCUCUCUCACUGUCUGUAGAAAAGCAGCAUGAUGUGGAGAUUAUGUCUGGGCCUCCUAAGGAGAAGGACAAGAAGAAGAAGAAGAGGCCCAUGUCCCAGAUCGUUGCGGUGAAGAAGCCUGCCCUCAGCCCCAGCCUUGCCCCCACCCAGAUACCCCGCUUCGGGGUCACCACACUCCAGGAGGACCUACUGGCCACGGUGGGCGCCAUACACACACACACACACACACACACACAUACUUACACACACACACGCAUACUUACACACACACACACACACACACACACACAUACAUACUUACACACACACACGCAUACUUACACAGACAGGCACACACUGUUUACACUGAAGAAUGGCUGUUACUUUAAUGCUUAUUGCUUGGCCUUUAAUAUAACAUCAGUGACGUAUUAUUGGCAAACUUUUGUGCCAUCCUCAUAUCGUUUGUUAUGCGUGUUAAAAAAGUAUAAUAUUUUGUAUUUAUUAAAUACAAUUCUGCUUAAUUGCCAUAUCAGACUUUUUCUCAGUUUGUUGUGUUGUGGUUCUAGGAAUUUGAGGAGAUCAACAGAUGGGGUCUAGAUAUUUUCAAGAUAGCUGAAUACUCUGGGAAUCGGCCUUUGACGGUGGUCAUGUACUCCAUUUUCCAGGUAUGAGUCUCCCAUUACUUUCCCAAUCUCCCUUUCCAAAUCCAUCUCCUCUGUCCAUACAUUACAGCAGCAAAUUGUAGCAUUCUCUAGCAUUCCUUCUAAGACAUUUGAAUCUUGGUGUGAUGGCCAAGGGUUUGAGUCCCGGUCGGGGCUACCCCAAAUUCACUUCGAUACAUUACCAAAAGUUUGUUACAUAUUUGCUCUACUCUUGUGAGCCUGGUUUCUGUUGCUCCCCAACCUCAGGAGCGAGAGCUGCUGAAAAACUUUAAGAUCCCAGCCGACACCUUUAUCACCUUCAUGAUGACCCUGGAGGACCACUACCAUGCCGACGUGGCCUACCACAACAACAUCCACGCUGCCGACGUGGUACAGUCCACCCACGUUCUCCUCUCCACCCCUGCCCUGGAGGUAUGGAACAUUCCAUUAUGAGGACGAUUAAAGGAUGAUGUCCAGCCAUAUUCUAUAUUCUAAUCUAGUUUAUAGACUUGCCCUGUGCAUAGCUUUGGAUUUGAUCAACUUUAUCAGUGCAUAUUAAGGUAGAAGGGGUUUGUUCAUGGUGUUGAUAGUAAAGAUGAGGUGAAAAGAAUGUCCCCACGCUACGUGUUAAUACUUAAUAACACAAAAGUGUCUGUUUUUUGUUUUCAGGCUGUCUUCACUGACCUAGAGAUCAUGGCUGCUCUGUUUGCCAGUGCCAUACAUGACGUGGAUCACCCCGGAGUGUCCAACCAGUUCCUCAUCAACACAAGUCAGUCCCAUCCCUCACUAGCAAUCUCUCUGAUUAGAUCUAAUUAAAGGAUAUGUCCUUUGGAGCUAAAUGUGUCUGGGAUCUACUACUGUGAAGACUACAUUAUAGCGUCUGUAAGGCGGAGUUUGAUCUCUGGAUAAUUGUUUCUUCUGUUGUUUUGAACCUAAUAAAUACCUUUUUUGUAGCUCUACAGGAGUGCCUUGGAAUUGUUGUUGCUUUACUAAUGGUGUGGGUGUUCCUACUGUAGACUCUGAGCUGGCUCUAAUGUACAACGACGCCUCGGUCCUGGAGAACCACCACCUGGCUGUGGGCUUCAAGCUGCUGCAGGAGGACAACUGUGACAUCUUCCAGAGCCUCAGCAAGAAACAGGGACAGUCCCUCAGGAAGAUGGUCAUCGACAUGGUGAGACACUGACUGAAUGAAUUGGAAUUGAAUAUAAAUUAAAUAUUAGCUACACACCUCCAUGUUAUCAUAGUUAAACAUGAUAAGGAAUGAGCCGACAUCAUAAUGAUAUGGCCAUUUAGCAGACACUUUUCCCCAAAGUCAGUUACCGGUACAUUUCACACAUACAGUAUAUUCAGUAUCAAACCCACAACACAACCCUGGAUGUAGGCAUCACCAUGCCCAAACCCACUGACCCAUUGGAACUAGUGACUGAAGUAAGUGUGAUUAAUUGGUAUUGUCAUAGAGUUUCUAAACCCAGAGGCCCAACAAGCCGUUUCUACAUAAUCUUCAUACUAAAACAUAUUUGGUAUUGUCCUCUGCAGGUGUUGGCCACUGACAUGUCCAAGCACAUGAACUUCCUGGCUGACCUGAAGACCAUGGUGGAGACCAAGAAGGUGACCAGCCUGGGAGUGCUGCUGCUGGACAACUACUCAGACCGCAUCCAGGUCAGAGGUCAUUUGUAGACACGCCACAGGCCACGUAUCAAUAGUCUACAGUGACGUCAUCUCCUCUUCUCCGUCUCACUCACCUGAACUUAUUUGAAUAUCGGCGCUGUCUGAUGAAAACCUUAUAACUCCAUUUGCCAAUUUAGAUGUUUUUAUUUUUUAUUUAUUGAAAGCAGUAACUCCCCUCAAUGUACUCUGAACAUGACUCUAGGACCAAUCAAGUGUAUUCAAAAUAGCUUCUGAAGUGUCAUAAUUGUAUGUUUGUUAAUGGGAAAAUAAGGACAUUUUUUCAAAUUUCCUGAAAAGUUUCUGUUUUAGAGAUAAGAGGUUUUCAUCAGACAUCGAAGAUAUGUGGAUACAGGAUAGGUGAAAGCAAUUUGAGGGGAACGCUGUUGGGAGUUUGAGAGGAGACAAGGAGAGGAAGUCACUUCAGAUCAUUGAAAUGGACUCUGGUGUUGAAUCUGAACUGUGAGCAAUGCAGUCACUAGUUUACCGGAGACUAGUGUGAUCAGUGCAGUUGUCUAAAAUAACUCAAGACUUCAUAGUGUCAUGUACAUUUACGGUUUUUAUAUAAAUGUCUGAAAUAGAAAUGACAAAAUAAAUAUGAAUAAAAACGAUAUACUUCUUCAAAAAAUAUCUAAGCAAUAGAUAAACCAAGAACUAACAUGGGCCUCCCUGCGUGUCUCCAGGUCCUUCAGAACAUGGUUCACUGUGCUGACCUCAGUAACCCCACCAAGCCCCUGGAGGUCUACCGUCAGUGGACCGAUCGCAUCAUGGUGGAGUUCUUCACCCAGGGGGACAGGGAGAGGGACAAGGGAAUUGAGAUCAGCCCUAUGUGUGACAAACACAACGCCUCCGUUGAGAAGACCCAGGUACCGUACGAAAAUCUGCAAACCCACCCGCAGGUGUUUGUCACUGCUUAACAGACCCAGUAGCUUGCAAAUUAUUGUCAUAAUGUCUGUUGAAACCCAUCAAAACCAAAACAUCUUUACUCCCCUCUGCAGGUGGGAUUCAUAGACUACAUCGUCCACCCUCUGUGGGAGACGUGGGCUGACCUGGUCCACCCUGACGCCCAGGACAUCCUGGAUAACCUGGAGGACAACCGGGAGUGGUACCAGAGUAUGAUCCAGCGCAGCCCCUCAUCCACCCUUGAGGACAGGGACCUUGACGAGGAGCCAGGUGCCCUGGAAGCCACGCCGGGGGGAUGCUGCGCCUCCGCAGGGGACAAGUUCCAGUUUGAACUCACCCUGGAGGAGGAGGAGGAGGAGGAGGAGGGUGACUCAGACCUGGAGAGCCCCCCUGAGGAGGAGACGUCACAGGGGGGAGAGACCUCUAGGAAGACCCCGUCCCCAUCCCCGGAGCCCAGCAGCAGAUACCGGCCCCCCUCCCCCCACCCCGGCCGGGCCCUCAGUCUGGCCACCAUGUCGGUUAGGAGCCCCGGUCAUCUCAGAACGUUGAGCCCCGGGCUGGGCGUGGACGACAUAGGCGAUAGGGACAGAGAACUGGUCCAGGAAGGCAGUAGUGUAGCUUACCUACGGCUUGGCACGUAA